GGGAGGUGCAGGUUGAGUGAGCGAACAGGAGACUGUUGUUACAGUUUGGGUUUGGCUGUGGUACAGCGGUGUGAAGGAGGCAGGUGGCAAGAAUAUUGUAUGAUACGGGAGACUGAGUCGGUUACAAAGUGCUCCAUUAAAUUGUGUUCAUCCUUGUUGUCAUGGCUGCAAGCUAGAAAGAUGCAAUUUGAUUCAUGGACUGUGAACCUUGGAAAGUUAAACACAAACUCUCGUGAGACGCUGGUUGACAAAUGUUUUCAUAGGAAUAGCAGAAAUAGAAAUAAUCCGUUGAAGGCUCAAACUGUAUUAUAAAGUCUUUAUUAACGGCACAGGAAAGUUUGAAGUAAAAUGCAUCCUUAAUUGUCAUACAUGAGUAGAAAUACGUACAAAUACAUGUGAAGUAACACGUGUGAAGUAACAAGAGACCUCACUAGACAUUAUUAUUAAUCAAAUAAUUAACUGCAUGCAUCCCUGGGGCAGACCUAGGACACGCUGGAGGGAUUAUGUUUCACAGCUGGCCUGGGAAGGCCUCACAUGUAAUAAUAAUGUCCAUGGAAGGGGUUAAGAGAAGAAGAGCUGUGCCACGAGGGAGUAUAUUUGCAAUCAAAGUAGCAACAUAUUUUAAGAUGGACGGUGGUUACAUUCUUUUUGGACUGAGAUGUUUGACACACACCUGCUGCGUGCAUUACGCCUUUGUCAUUUCUUUUAAAGUUAAGAGUGUUUUAUUAUUUUUACUAAGAGCGUUCGUUAACUUAUUUUCCGCUUGUAAGCGUGUUUGGAAUGUUAAAAUGUGGCUUAAACAUUACCUGUACGCCACAGUUAAUAAAAGAUUUAUGAUGGCGACAGUUGGACCUUGGAUAUUGGAUUAUUUAUACGGUGGUACCUUGGUUUUUGUUCUCAAUUCUUUCCAAAAGGUCUGAUGAAAACCAAAACGUAUGAAAAUCGAGGACGUUUUUUCCCAAAGGAAAUAAUGUAAAUCCAAUUAAUCUGUUCCAGACACCCCAAAAAUAUUGACAAAAAUACAUUUUAUAUGGAAUAAUUGGAAUGGAACGCAAGAUCGACAGACGAAUUGGUGCGGCAGUUCGGUCCGUUGUGGUGAAGAGGGAGCUGAGCCGAAAGGCAAAGCUCUCAAUUUUACUGGUCAGUCCACGUUCCUACUCUCACCUACGGUCAUGAGCCCUGGGUAAAGACGGAAAGGACAAGAUCGUAGGUGCAAGCGGCUGAGAUUAGUUUUCCCUAUAAAGUGGCUGGGCUCCCUCUUAGAGAUAAAAUUACACAAUUGUUGUUCCUGCUGUUGUCCUUGUCUCUUGUCUCUUUUUUUGUCCCCCUCUUGUGGAAGACCCAGGACACGUUGGAGAGACUAUGUCUCUCAACUGGCUCGGGAAUGCCUUGGGAUCCGCCGGGAGAAGCUGGACGAAGUGGCCGCAGAGAGGGAGGUCUGGGCUUAGGCUGCUGCCCCCGCGCCCCGCUCGAGGAUAAACGAGUCCCCCAAUUGUGACAAGUGAUAUGCGUUUCUGUCAACGACAUUUCUCAAAAGUCAAGAAGAAAAAGUCCAAUGGCCUCAUGUGAUUUCACCUGCAUCUUUCUGCCACAAAGAUCAUGAAGCAGGUGGAUAAUAUAAAUAAGGACAAAUUAGAUAAGGAAAGCUUCCAAGUGCAUUACGGAGUACACAGUCCCGGCAAAGCGAAGAAGUCCUUACCGUGCAAGAGGAGGAGUGGUCUGUUCCCAGAGGUGGGCUCGAAGCUGCACCGUAAAACAUUCAAUGUUGGCCGUGCCCGCGACCCCGGCAUGGCCAACAAAGAAAACGAGGUGACGUGCGCUGAUGUGCGGGGGAAUCACUAUAAAGACAACUGCGGGCCCCCUGUGAGCACUGCAGAGGCCUCCAAGAUGGCAGGGGCCAGCUCCAAGUACAGUGAUUUCACUGAAUUAUCAAAAGACCACGAAGCGAUGACUCACAUCCUCUUUGGAAGGAAUCUUCGACUUAAGGUGGCCCUAACGCUAUGGCGAAGAAACUCCAAUGAACUAGUGGCUUACCUAAUUAGAAUUGAAGAUACGGGAGUGCUGCUUGACCUGUUACCUGUCAUAACCGAUGACCUUCAAACUGAAGCACCAUGUUUUUCACUUGGCUGCUGCGUUGACCUCAUACCCCAAGUAAAAGUGAUUCUUGCCAGUAAAUAUGAAGAACAUAUCCUUGUGGGUUUACACUGGGUUCAAUCCGUCAUCAAGAAAUGGUGGCCAGAACUUUCAAAGACAGAGAAAAGACUGCGGGACAGUUUGGACAACAGGAACAUUGAAGUCUUAAAGCAACGACUAAAGGACAUGUGGAAGGACGGGGCCAGGCUUUGUCUGGUUCCAGGUUCUACUGGUGACCUAGCAAAGGACAUUGAGGCUUAUGUCCUGCAGCUGCGCUGACAAUGUCACUGUAGCACUCCUGAGGAUGUGACCACUAAUGCCGGAUCACGGCUGUGUUUUUGUACGGAUGAUGACAUCCGGGAUAUGGACUGGAUCAUGUUUUGCUACUCAGACCUUCAAACUGAAACUGACACUUAAGAACAACUUGCCGAGUCAUAGCGGGAGACACGUAAGCAGGGCCGGGAGCACGUUUCUGCCGAAGAAGCACAACAAAUGACUGCUUCACAUUGAAGUGGACCGUCUCAGGAAAGGGGGCGUACCGUGGACCGCCAUGAGACCGGAUGUGUGUCGCUCUAUGUAGUGCCAAGCUAGUUGUCUUUCCCUACACCGCUUGUUGCCACGGAAUGCAAAUGCACUUGUGGAUUUUAUGAAUGGCCCGCUGUUUGGAUGUUUUUAACCUGCAUUCAAUGGAAUCAGGAACUUGAAUUUGCAUCAGUCUUAAGUUAUUUGUGCGCAUCUUGUAUCUCCAUGUGUCAUUUUGACUCGAUGUAAAAACAAGUUAUUCUUUUAAGCUUUUAAAUAAAUUUGACAAAGAUCGAAAUGUCGAAUUAUUUCU